AUGGAGGCCGCCGCGACCUCCGCCUUGCUGUCCUCGUGGACGAGUUCUCCUCCACCGACGUCGAUUCUCUCCUCCUCGACUCUCGCAGGUUCAACUCCGCGUUCAAAUCUCCCCACCGUCGAGCUCACCCAUGGGUGUGGUUGCUGUGAUGUGAGGGGGCCUUUUAGGGAGGCCCUGCAUCGGAUUGUUGAUAGCAAGCAUAAUUUUGACUGCUUGCUUAUUGAGCUAAUGAAGACAUUGAUACUACCCCCAGCUUACUAUUUCAAGCUCAAGGCAUGGACUCAGUGUCACGUUUAUCAGUUUCAUAAUUGAGCUGAAUAAAGAUAUUUCAGAAACAAAUCAUUUUAUACCUUGAUUCACUGACUUGAUUUGAAGUUCAAGAAAAAGUAGGCAUACUGGCUGGGGGUUCUGUGCACCUGCCUGGUUUUGUUAACAUAGUUUUUAGCAUACGGGAAAUUUUCAAUUUCUAAUUUGCUACUUUGUUGAGCAAAAUUUAAUGAGAUUCUAUGCUCAUUUUUCUUAGAAGAUAAAGCAGUGAAGAUUUGGUUGUUGAAAUACUAGGUUCAAGUGAAAAAAAAACAUCUUGAACUGUGGUGGAGUUGAUAUAUUAUGUGCAUGCCAUUUUUGUUUUGAA